AUGAUGAUGGUUUCUAGCAAAACAUUCUCUUCACUUCAGCUUUUCACUCUAUUCUACCUCUUUACGGUUGCAUUUGCUUCCACUGAGGAAACAACUGCCCUCUUAAAAUGGAAAGCAACUUUCAAGAACCAGAACAACUCCUUAUUCGCUUCAUGGACACCAAGUUCUAACUCAUGCAGGGAUUGGUAUGGAGUUAUAUGCUUUAACGGUAGAGUAAACAUGUUGAAUAUUACAAAUACUAGUGUCAUUGGUACACUCGAUGAUUUUCCAUUUUCAUCUCUCCCUUUUCUUGAGUAUCUUGAUCUUAGCAUGAACUAUUUCUCUGACACCAUUCCACCUGACAUUGGUAAACUCACUAAUCUUAUUUGUCUUGAUUUGUCAAGUAAUCAGAUUUCAGGUACAGUACCACCACAAAUCGGCUCACUAGCCAAGCUUCAAAGCCUCCAUAUGUUUGACAACCAUUUAAAUGGUUUCAUUCCUGAAGAAAUAGGUUACCUAAGGUUUCUUACUGAUCUACGUUUGAACGAUAACAUUCUUAAUGGUUCUAUUCCUGCUUCAUUGGGGAAUUUGAACAACUUGACUAUUCUACGUCUUGAUGAUAAUCACCUUUCUGGCCCUAUUCCUGAAGAAAUAGGUUACCUAAGGUCUCUUACUGAUCUGCGGUUGUACACUAACUCUCUUAAUGGUUCUAUUCCUGCUUCAUUGGGGAAUUUGAACAACUUGACUAUUCUGCGUCUUGAUGAUAAUCACCUAUUUGGCUUUAUUCCUGAAGAAAUAGGCUACCUAAGGUCUCUUACUCAUCUAGAUUUGUGUUCUAACACUCUUGAUGGUUCUAUUCCAACUUCAUUGGGGAAUUUGACCAACUUGUCUGUCUUGUAUCUUGAUGGUAAUCACCUUUCUGGCCCUAUCCCUGAAGAAAUAGGUUAUCUAAGGUUUCUUACUGAUCUACAGUUGUACAAUAACUCUCUUAAUGGUUCUAUUCCUGCUUCAUUGGGGAAUUUGAGAAACUUGCAAGUUCUGUCUCUCCAACAAAACAAUCUGAUAGAGGAAAUUCCUUCAUCUAUUUGCAAUUUAUCAUUGCUGACAAUCCUGUAUUUGUCGAGAAACAACUUGAAAGGAAAAAAUCUGCAAUGCAUGGGUAAUAUCAGUGCCCUCCAGUAUGUGAUAAUGUCAGAUAAUAAUCUCAGUGGAGAGCUCCAUCCGUCUAUUUGCAAUUUAACAUCACUGCAAAUUCUAGAUUUGGGUAGAAACAAUCUAAAGGGAGAAAUUCCGCAAUGUUUUGGCAACAUGAGUGGUCAUCUUGAGGUUCUGGAUAUGCAACACAACAAUCUUUCUGGAACUAUUCCAACAAUCCUGUAUUUGUCGAGAAACAACUUGAAAGGAAAAAAUCUGCAAUGCAUGGGUAAUAUCAGUGCCCUCCAGUAUGUGAUAAUGUCAGAUAAUAAUCUCAGUGGAGAGCUCCAUCCGUCUAUUUGCAAUUUAACAUCACUGCAAAUUCUAGAUUUGGGUAGAAACAAUCUAAAGGGAGAAAUUCCGCAAUGUUUUGGCAACAUGAGUGGUCAUCUUGAGGUUCUGGAUAUGCAACACAACAAUCUUUCUGGAACUCUUCCAACAACUUUUAGGGCUGGAACACUUAGAAGCUUCAACUUGCAUGGCAAUAAACUUAAGGGGGAAAUUCCCCAAUCUUUGGUCAAUUGCAAAGAGAUGCAAGUUUUUGAUUUAGGAGAUAAUCACCUCAACGACACAUUCCCGAUGUGGUUGGGAACUCUUCCUAAGUUGAGAAUUUUAAGCUUGAGAUCGAAUAAGUUGCAUGGACCGAUUAGAACUUUAGGAAGUGAAAACAUUUUUAAUGAGCUUCGAAUGUUGGAUAUCUCUUCCAAUGCCUUCACGGAAAACUUACCGAUGAGUCUGUUACAACAUUUAAAAGCCAUGAGGACAAUUGAUCAAACGAUGAAUGCACCAAGUGAUGAAGGAGGUGAAUAUUACCAAGACUCGGUAGCUGUCGUAACAAAGGGAUUGGAGCUUGAAGUUGUGAGAAUCUUGUUUUUGUACACCACUAUCGAUUUUUCAGACAAUAAGUUUGAAGGACAUAUUCCAAGUAUUAUGGGAGAUCUCAUUGCACUUCGCAUGCUUAAUUUAUCUCAUAAUGGAUUGCAAGGUCAUAUACCGCCAUCACUUGGAAGAUUAACUUUGGUUGAAUCACUGGACCUGUCAAGUAACCACCUUGUAGGAGAGAUACCAGCACAAUUUGCUUCUCUAACUUCUCUUGCAGUCUUAAAUCUCUCCUACAAUCAUCUCGAAGGGUGCAUUCCUCAAGGAAAUCAAUUUCAUACCUUUGACAACAAUUCAUAUGUAGGUAAUGAUGGAUUACGUGGAUUCCCACAUUUGAAAGGCUGUGGUACUGAAGGUAAUGAUUCAGAAUCAGAGAAAACUGAUACCGGAUCUGAGCUUGAUGAAGAAAGCAACUCUGAAUUUCUGAAUGAUUUUUGGAAAGCUGCUCUUAUGGGGUAUGGAAGUGGACUCUGUAUUGGAUUAUCCAUUAUAUAUCUCAUGAUUUCAACUGGAAAACCGAUAUGGCUUGCAAGAAUCAUUGUGGAGCUGGAGCAUAAAAUUAUGAUGGGAAGAAGAAAGAAGCAGCGAAAGCAAAGGAGUUACAGAAGAAGCAAAUAAUCGGAUGUAGAAGAGU